AGAGCGUGUGUCAGGGCUUUCGGGCCGUCGUCUGCCUACUUUCGGCGGCGGCGCGCUCUGGAGGAGUGCUUUUGUUCCGCCUGUCCUGCCCCACCAGAGUAAAGAGGGCGGGUUCCUGCCUCCCUCCUGGCCUCCCGGCGCGCCACCUCCCUUCCCUGUGUCGGGGGCACAGAAGGCCUGAAGGAGCGACGCUCCCGGAAAUCAUCCCCACGAGCGGAAGUGGAGAAUGCCCUCCUCGAGUGAGGAGAGGGAGUGAAGCGCAGCCUCUCUAGACUCUGGGGGCUGAGGUGGGCGUGAGCGAAGGAUUUUAGUGAAUGCCUCCUUUUUGCCAUCUUUCAGAAGUUUGUCUAAAUAUAGCUUCUAACAGUUAAAGAAAAAUCUAAGAUUUUAAUUUAAUUUGAAAAUGAGUAAGUGCAGAAAGCUACCACUGGGUUCAAGUCCUGAGACAUUCAGCCCAGAUGUUCUUGCUGAUAUUUUUGAACUCUUUGCCAAGAACUUUUCUUAUGGCAAGCCACUUAAUAAUGAGUGGCAGUUACCAGAUUCCAGUGAGAUUUUCACCUGUGACCACACGGAAUUCAAUGUGUUUCUUGAUUUGAAGAACUCCCUAAAUGAAGUAAAAAACCUACUGAGUGAUAAGAAAUUGGAUGAGUGGCAUGAGCACACGGCUUUCACUAAUAAAGCUGGGAAAAUAAUUUCUCAUGUGAGAAAAUCUGUGAACGCUGAACUUUGUACUCAAGCAUGGUGUAAGUUUCAUGAAAUUUUAUGUAGCUUUCCACUUAUUCCACAGGAAGCUUUUCAGAAUGGAAAACUGAAUUCUCUACACCUUUGUGAAGCUCCUGGAGCUUUUAUAGCUAGUCUCAAUCACUACUUAAAGUCCCAUCGAUUCCCCUGUGAUUGGAGUUGGGUGGCUAAUACUUUGAAUCCAUACCAUGAAGCAAAUGACAAUCUUAUGAUGAUUAUGGAUGACCGGCUUAUUGCAAAUACCUUGCAUUGCUGGUACUUUGGUCCAGAUAACACCGGCGAUAUCAUGACCUUGAAAUAUCUGACUGGACUUCAGAAUUUCAUAAGCAGCACGGCUCCCGUUCACUUGAUCACUGCAGAUGGAAGUUUUGAUUGCCAAGGAAACCCAGGUGAACAAGAAGCUUUAGUCUCUUCUUUGCAUUACUGUGAAGCUGUCACUGCUCUGAUGACUCUUGGAAGUGGUGGCUCUUUUGUUCUGAAGAUGUUUACUUUGUUUGAACAUUGUUCCAUAAACCUGAUGUACCUGCUAAACUGUUCUUUUGACAAAGUCCAUGUUUUCAAACCUGCUACCAGCAAGGCAGGAAACUCAGAAGUCUAUGUGGUAUGUCUCUAUUAUAAGGGAAGAGAGGCAAUCUAUCCUCUUUUAUCUAAGAUGGUGCUGAAUUUUGGGCCUGAAAUGACCAGGAAAGCUCUCUUUCCCCAUCACGUGAUUCCCGAAUCUUUUCUUAAAAGACAUGAAGAAUGUUGUGUGUUCUUUCAUAAAUACCAGCUAGAGACUAUUUCUGAGAACAUUCGUCUGUUUGAGUGCAUGGGAAAAGGGGAACAAGCAAAGCUGAAUAGUUUAAGGGACUACGCUGUUCAGUAUUUCAUGCAAAAGUUUCAAUUGAAGCCUCUUUCCAGAAAUAAUUGGCUAGUGAAAAAAUCUAAUAUUGGUUGUAGUACAAAUACAAAAUGGUUUGGGCAGAGGAACAGAUAUUUUAAAACCUACAAUGAAAGGAAAAUGCUGGAAACCCUUUCAUGGAAAGAUAAGGUGGCCAAAGGGUACUUUAAUAGUUGGGCUGAAGAACAUGCUGCAUAUCAUCCUGGGCAAAGUGCUCUAUUAGAAGGGACAGCUUCCAAUCUUGAGUGUCACUUAUGGCAGAUUUUACAGGGAAAGAAACUGCCAAGGGUAAACUGUUCUCCUUUUUGUGAUGGUGAAAUUUUAAAGGCUCUUAAUGAAGCAAUUGAAAAGUCAUUGGGAGGAGCCUUGAAUUUGGAUUCCGAGUUUAGGCCAAAACAGCAGUACUGUUGUUCUUGUCACGUUUUUUCUGAAGAAAUGGUAUUUUCUGAGUUGUUUAGCCUUACAAAAUGCCUUCAGGAUGAGCAGGAUGUAGAACCCAGCAACCAAGUAAAGUGCCUGCUUGUGGGUUUUCCAGCUCUCCAACAUGUCAAAAUACAUAUACCAUUGGAAGUUCAACUCUUGGAAUCAGCUGAACUCAUGACUUUUAGCUGUUCAUUGCUUCAUGAUGGAGACCCAGCUUACCAGCAGUUAUUUUUGGACUGCCUUCUACAUUCAUUGCAGCAGCUUCAUACAGGAGAUAUUAUGAUUUUGCCUGUACUUUCUUGUUUUACAAGAUUUAUGGCUGGUUUGAUCUUCGUACUCCACAGCUGUUUUAGAUUCAUCACGUUUUCUUGUCCCACAUCUUCCGAGCCCCUGAAGACUUGUGCAGUCCUGCUUUGUGUUGGUUAUCAAGACCUUCCAAACCCAGUUUUCCAGUAUCUGCAGAAUGUGAAUGAAUUGUUGAGUGCUUUGGUUAACUCUGAUGCACCCCAGCAGGUUUUACAGUUUGUGCCAAUGGAGGUGCUCCUUAAGGGCACACUACUUGAUUUUUUGUGGGAUUUGAAUGCUACCAUUGCUAAAAGGCAUUUGCAUUUGAUUAUUCAAGGAGAGAGAGAAGAAAUCAGCAGCAGCCUUCAGUUAUGAAGUUGAACUUGUCCUUUCUGAGAUUUAACUUCAUGACUUCUUGCAGUUUCCGUUGGUAUUGCAUCCCUUUGCUAUUAAUUUAAAACCUUUUAUUUUGAGGAGAGGCCAACUUUUGCAUCAUUUAAAGUUUCAUUUUUUCUGGAAAGCCAUCAGCUAGUUCUGACCUCUAGGGUAUAUACACUCACAGACAUAGAGUUUUCUAUGUGGUAGAAUAUAUGCAGUGAUGAUAUUCAACCUCAAACAUGAGAAGUGUGUAUGAGCUUGGGUGGACACGCCCAUGCUUGCAUAUGCAGUUUAUGCAGUUGGUCUUAUUUAUCUGCUUAAGAUUUGUACCUGUGUGCCUUCAUUCAGAUUAGAUUUUUUUCCAACUAAUUUUCUCUCAGUGGCUAAUACUGUUAAUGAAUUGAUAGAGGUCUUUGAUGAAAGGAGGUGAGCCACUGCUCAGCAACACUGAUUUCCUUUAAUACUGACCAUGUCAGUUAUGGAUAUGUGGAAUUCAUCAUGCCAGACAUCUUGAUACAUGCCAUUCAUUGCCUUUAGGCCAUCAAUCCAGUUUGCUUCUGUGGUCCAAAUGAAGCUACUGUGCUGUUUUAUAAAUAUUUGACUGAACCACAACCAUCUAACUAGAAAGGAUAUAAAGACAGCUUCGAGCCAAAGAUCAUGUUUAAAAAAAUGAAAAACUGGGGCUUCCCUGGUGGCGCAGUGGUUGAGAGUCCGUCUGCCGAUGCAGGGGACACGGGUUCAUGCCCCGGUCCGGGAAGAGCCCACAUACCGCGGAGUGGCUGGGUCCGUGAGCCAUGGCCGCUGAGCCUGUGCAUCCGGAGCCUGUGCUCCGCAACGGGAGAGGCCACAACAGUGAGAGGCCCGCGUACCGCAAAAAAAAAAGAAAAGUUACUGUGUCUAAAGCACUCCUAUAUGAGUGAAAAGUUUCACUUAGCAAUGGUGUGUAAUUUUUAACUUCUGGGAAAUAAUCUGUGAACAAAAAGAUUUUUUUAAAUUGCAAGGUAAUGUUUAUGGUCUCAUAAUGCGGACAUGUGAAUGUGAUGAAUGUAGUGAGUACUGAAGAGAAAUUUUAACACUUUCAGAAUGAUGGUAUAACAUUAAAAAUUUUUAAAUUUUCAUUCUUUUUUUCAGUAUGAAAGUAGCACUUUACAGGAAGAUUAACCAUGAGAUCGUUACUUUAUCAAUUACGUUUGAUUUCUUUUGAAUUACAUGUAUUUGUCAGUAUAAAUGGGCUAUUCUCGCCAAAUGAAUUAAGCAGAUCUUUGUUACUUUGAAAUUCUGCAAAGUGAAGAGUAUGUGUAUUGUCACGUGCAUUUUAGACAUUUUUGUUAGUUAUAUGAAAAGUAAAUAUAUUCUUUGAUGUAUUUGGUUGACAAAUGUUAAUCUGAAUUUUUUCAUGUCCUUUGCUAUUUUGAGUUCCAU